AGAAGCGAGCAGAGGCUCUGCUGGUCCCCUCGCAGAGCGGCCGCCUCUUCUCGGCUCCCUGUCCGGUCGGUCUGCCGUGUAAAGCAAGGCGCCGUCGGCGUGUGUAGCUCAGCGGAGGGACUCUUCCCGCCGCUUGCCGCGCUGCUCGCCUCCCCCCCCAGGGCAGCUGCGAUGCGCCUGAUCCAGAACAUGGGGACCAUCGCCGAAUACCCCCAGUCGGGGAACACGCACAGCGGGGAGAGUUGCGGCUCGGGCCGGCCAAGGCUCAUCAAGAUCGCCGUGGUCGGAGCCAGCGGCGUGGGCAAGACGGCUCUAGUGGUAAGAUUUCUCACAAAACGCUUCAUUGGAGACUAUGAACGCAAUGCAGGCAACCUUUACAGCAGACAAAUUGAAAUAGAUGGAGAGAUGUUUGCAAUUCAGGUCCAAGAUACUCCAGGAGUAAAGAUCCAUGGACACAGCCUGGAGUGUAAUGAGCAGCUGAAUAGGUGCAUUCGUUGGGCAGAUGCAGUUGUGAUAGUUUUUUCAAUCACAGACUGUAAAAGUUAUGAACUACUUGGCCUCUUCCACCAGCAUAUAAGGCAGUUGCAUCCAGGAAACAGAGUGCCAGUGGUGGUGGUAGCAAACAAAACAGACCUCCUCCAUAUUAAAGAGGUGGAACCCCAACAUGGACUUCAGCUGGCCACUAUGCUGGGCUGUACUUUCUAUGAAGUGUCUGUCAGUGAGAACUACAAGGAGGUCUUUAACGCUUUCCAUGGCCUGUGUAAAGAUGUUUGUAAGCAACAAACCAGUAGCACCCCAGAGAAGAGGAGAAGCUCUCUUAUUCCAAGACCAAAAUCACCCAACAUGCAGGAUCUGAAAAGAAGGUUUAAGCAAGCCUUAUCUGCCAAAGUGAGGACUGUUACCUCUGUCUGAAAGACCAAACCAAAUGGGCAGGAUUUUACCCUUCCUAGUGCAGCAUCCUACAAUUCCAACUUUGGGUGUUAACUGCUGGUAUUAAACCAUCCAAAGAAUGGCAGGAGACAGUGUGAGAGUUCAGAUAUGCUUUGAAUAGUUGUGGAUGUUGUGUAAUGAAGGAACAAGACUAGUACUUGAAUAAGGGCCUGAAGAAGUGGCAGACCAUACACUUCCAUGUUGAAAAUGGAAUGUUUUGAUUGGACAAACUGACAAUAUUUCAUUGUUCUAUGGUGGAACUUGAAUCAUGUUGAUAUUUGUACUAUUUUGUCAUUUCAAGUGCUGUAGAGGGACAAGGAAGAUAUAUUUUGAAUGCCAGCUCACUAAAUUGGAAGCCACUUGUGUUUGCAUCAGUUACCUAAAGUUGUGGUAUUAGAUGAAGGUUGGCUUCUUUUGGAAUGCUUUCUGGAGCUUUAAAUUGUUUUGAAUCUGCAGCUGAGGAGCACAAGUGUUGUGCUGAUAAAGCAAAAUAAAAAUAAAACACAUAAGUAUGAAAUCAUUAGGGCAUCAUUAACUGACUGAACUUUUUGACUAUGUACCGAGACAUUUUGUACCAUGAAUGUUCACUGUAAUUCUUACAGCUAAGUAACAUUUAUUUAACUUAAAAUGUUAUCAUAGUUGCUUUUCAAAGAAUGGACAUCUGAUGCCAUGCUGAAUUUAUUUGCAGAUAAAUCUGUAUUUUGGUUUUAAAUGAUUAUGGUUGUUGUAGCAUCCACCGCUAAACAUGUUUUGUUUAGAUACAACCUCUUGCUAUAAUCCAAUAUGAUUUUCCCCCUCUUGUCUAUGAAGCUCAUUUUUCUUGGCUGAGCCAUAUCAGUUAGGAUGCGAGGGACAAUUCACUGUUGCAUAAGCCUGCUGUUUGUACCAACAUUGUACAAAGCUGAAUCAUCAAGGCUGGGCACACAAAGCGAGUAGGAUUGGGGUUGAGGGCUGACACCAGUGCACUUUAUUAACAGCAAUGUGCUUUUUCCUCAAGCUGUAAUUUAUUUAUUAUUAUUUUUUUACUGACAGCAACUUAAAUGGAACACACAGUCUGUUUUGUUUCAGCAUUAAAUCAAACAAUAUGUU